AUGCGCACUCCCGUACUCCCGUCCAGGAAGCGCAAGGGCUACGGCUACACCGCCUCCGCAACAACCGCUACAAUGGCAGCCCUCGGCGAGGACCUGCUCAUUACUGUCAACAAAUUGCAAGACCUCGUCUUCAACACCAUCGGCAGCGACUCUCUCGAUCUUCCACAAAUUGUUGUCGUCGGCUCCCAAUCCGCAGGUAAAUCCUCUGUUCUCGAGAACAUUGUCGGCCGAGAUUUCCUGCCUCGAGGCAGCGGUAUUGUCACCCGCCGCCCUCUUAUCCUGCAACUUAUCAAUGUCCCCGAGGACGAGAACGCUCCCGAGCAACUAGAGGACCGCUUCCGCUCUGCCGCCACCGCGCGACGCUCCGAGUGGGCUGAAUUUCACCACAUCCCCAACCGACGUUUCAACGACUUUGGCGAUGUCAAGCGCGAGAUUGAAAACGAAACAGCUCGCGUCGCUGGUUCCAACAAGGGCAUCAACAGGCAGCCCAUUAACCUCAAAAUCUACUCGCCUCAUGUUCUCAACUUGACACUGGUUGACCUUCCUGGCCUGACCAAGGUUCCCAUUGGCGAUCAACCUACCGACAUUGAGAAGCAGACUCGCAACCUGAUUUCCGAAUACAUUGCCAAGCCCAAUAGCAUCAUCCUUGCCGUCUCGCCCGCCAAUGUCGACAUUGUCAACUCCGAAGCUCUCAAGCUCGCCCGCCAUGUCGAUGCCCUCGGCCGCCGAACCAUUGGUGUUCUCACCAAGCUUGACCUGAUGGACCAUGGAACAAACGCCUUGGAUAUUCUAUCUGGACGAGUCUACCCUUUGAAACUGGGCUUCAUCGGUGUUGUCAACCGCUCGCAGCAGGAUAUCCAGGGCAACAAGCCCAUGGAAGAGGCUCUCAACGAUGAGACGGACUUCUUCAAGCACCACCCUGCCUACCGCAACAUUGCCACCCGAUGCGGCACGCGGUUUCUCGCAAGGACUCUCAACACAACCCUCAUGGGGCAUAUCCGCGAACGUUUGCCAGAUAUCAAGGCCCGCCUCAACACUCUUAUGGGGCAGACUCAGCAGGAGCUCGCUAGCUACGGUGACAUGCACUUUAGUGGAAAAGAACAUCGCGGAUCUCUCAUCCUGCAGCUCAUGACCCGAUUCGCAACCUCGUUCAUUUCCUCCAUUGAUGGUACCUCGACGGAAAUCUCCACCAAGGAGCUCUGCGGCGGUGCCCGCAUUUACUACAUUUUCAACUCUGUUUUUGGCAGCUCCCUGGAAUCGAUUGACCCGACAUCAAACCUCACCGCCCUUGAUAUCAGAACCGCCAUUCGAAAUUCUACCGGUCCCCGACCCAGCCUGUUUGUACCCGAGAUGGCUUUCGAUCUGUUGGUGAAGCCCCAGAUCAAGCUCCUUGAGAUUCCUAGCCAGCGCUGUGUUGAGCUGGUGUAUGAGGAGCUUAUCAAGAUUUGUCACACCUGUGGCUCAACAGAGCUUUCGAGGUUCCCCCGAUUACAAGCCAAGCUGAUUGAGACCGUCUCCGACCUCUUGCGUGAGCGUCUGGGUCCUUCGUCCACCUACGUCGAGUCGCUCAUCUCUAUUCAGCGCGCCUACAUAAACACUAACCACCCCAACUUCCUCGGCGCCGCGGCCGCCAUGAGUAAUGUCGUCAACGCCAAGCAAGAACGCGAGCGCAAGAAGUUGGUCCAAGACGAGCGUGAAAGGAGAGAGCGCAAGCGCCUCAAGGAAAUCGGUACCAACGGCGACCUUGAUGAGGGGGAAACUGGCGACAAAGACGCGUUCAAGCACAAUAAGCACCCACGUAGCCUGUCGCCUGCUCUUCACGACGGACACAACAGCCUCGCGGCCGCCGUCAACGGCCGGCCGCAUUCGCCUAACGGCCAGGGUCUCGGCGGCGCCAAGGAUACGUUCCUUAACUACUUUUUCGGCAAGGAGGGCCUGUCGCCUCUCCACUCAGCCACCGGUAUGCCCAACGGCCGCCAACACAGCGAGCCCAGCUUCUCCAGCAGUCUUCGUCGCGAAGAAAAGAUUGUUGUUCGUCCGGCGCCAACGUUGCGCGAUGACGACUACUACGACCCUACGUCGCGUAGCUACGGUCUUGCUUCCCACCUUGGCGAGUCCAACGAACCCGCUCUCACCGACCGCGAGGCCAUGGAGACGGAGCUGAUUCGCGCGCUCAUCUCGUCCUACUUUAACAUUGUGCGCGAGUCCAUUGCCGACCAGGUGCCCAAGGCCGUCAUGCAUCUGCUGGUCAACCACUGCAAGGAGGUGGUGCAGAACCGCCUCGUCAGCGAACUCUACAAGGAGACACUCUUUGAGGAGCUUCUGUACGAGGACGAUGGCAUCAAAAAGGAGCGCGAAAAGUGCGAGAAGCUCCUGCAGACGUACCGCGAAGCCGCCAAGAUUAUCGGCGAGGUGCUGUAA